AUGCAAGCGGAGGACAACGGUCAGAAUCUCCGGCGGAGUGAAAGGACCCGGAAAUCACCUGUUCGUUUUGAAUUUGGAAAUAAGAAGACAAAUGCUAGGAAGGAAGUGGUGACGAACUUGCUCGAGAUCCCUGUUCAAGAUCAAAUAGCAACACCCUCAAAACCAGCCAACCAGGAAUCAUUUAUCGGAAGAUUCGCAAGUGCAAUCAACCCCUUUGGAGGUCGUCGUAAAGGCACAUCAUCGACCUCAUCAGCGUCCCUUGAGUCCAAGAAGGCGGAUAUCGAGGCGGACUAUGAAGAGAGAAUUGUUGAAAUCGAAAAUGAAAUUCUCGACCUGCAAGAAGAAGUGGAACUCUCGGAGGUCACGGUGGAAAGUCUCCGUGAUGAACUCGAAGUCAAGAGAGGAAGUUUAUAUCCUGAAAAUCCACUCUACGACGCGAAGUGCAUCGAUAAAGUUCAGAAAGAAAUGGCAAAGUUAGGACAAGAACUGUGUCCAAAGUCCAACGAGUUUAAGUGCCUCAAAAUAAGAAAUACUAACAAUGUGAAGCGACUUCAAAAUGAAAUGCGUGUGUUGAAAGGUAAACAUAACGCAGAACUUAAACACGUCGAAGAAGAACAAGACCUUCAACUCAGUUCAAGUGAGGAUGAGGCAGAUAUGGAUAAACUUGCUGAGAAGUUUGAAUCGUGGCGACAAAAUUGUAUGAACCCGUCACCGGUGGUGCCAGAAAAGGAUGAACUUGCCGACAAAGUGAAUUCUCCACCUGUGACUGAUAAUGUGCAAUUAGUGUCCAGUGUCUCUUCAGUAGUGAAUCCAGCAGUGAACAGUGACAAUUUGGCGCAGGCAUUAUUAGUGCAAAGUCAAGCAAUCACUAAAAUGCUCGCCGAUUCAAACUCGUCUAAAUCAGAUAAGUUUAUGGCACGACAAACAGCAGGAAAAGACUUGCCGUGUUUUAGUGGUCAGCCGGAGGAGUGGCCAGCAUUCUUUGCAAGUUACCGACGAACCACAGAUAUGUGCGGUUUCUCACACGCAGAGAAUAUGGAGCGCCUACGCCGGUGUUUGAAGGGCGAAGCUGCGAAGUCCGUACAGUGCCUGAUGGUGUCACCAAAUAAUCUCGAUAAAGUUAUCCAGAUGCUAGAAGACAGAUUUGGAAAGGUCAAGCAUAUCAUUACAUCAAUGAUUGGUAAAGCCAGACAAGCAACGAGUGUAAAAGACGACAAGCCGCAGUCUUUAAUUGAAUUUGGAACUACGGUUGUCAAUUUAGCUGCCACCAUCAAAAGUCUAGGAGCUGACGGCCACAUGAAGAAUCCCCAACUACUUUCAGAAUUGGAGGAUAAGUUGCCCUACAGCAUCCGCAUCAGAUGGCAAAUGUGGCGAAUGGCGAAAGCAGUAGAUGAAGAUAUAGAACAAUUUGCAGAAUGGAUUGAAGCCGAGAUGAAAAUGGCUUUUGAGAUGGUCACUCAUCUUCCUAAGGAUGAAAAGAAAGUUGAUGAGAAGUCCGACCACAAGAAUAAGAAACGAAAUGCUGGCGUGCAUAAUACUGGAGAAGGUCAGCAACAGCAACAACAAAAUGAAUGCAGCUUUUGUGGAAUGGAAAACCACAAGUCAUACCAGUGCCGAGAUGCCAAAGGUCGCAAUGUAAAUGAUCGAGUACUCCUUGCCAUUGAGAAGAAGAUGUGCUUAUGCUGCCUCCGUGUUGGAUGCUCAUCUCGACGCUGCAAGAAUAAACGAACGUGUGGAAUAGAGAAUUGUCAAAAGGAUCACAAUCGACUGUUCCAUGGAGCUCUACCACUGAGGGAAUUGCUCAAUCAAAAAGAAAAUCCCAACCAAGUAGUGCAUCGAAGUGAUGACCCUGGACCUGCGACGGAAGUGAGAAAUCCCGUGAAUGUAUUGCAAGCAGCCAGCCUCCGCUAUGUACAGACUGAGGUGCAAGGCCCGAAUGGAAAAGAGAUGGUGCUCGUCUUGUUAGAUGAUGGGGCAAGCAUCGCUAUUUUGGAUGAAGACAUCAGGCGAAGCAUUGGUGCAAAUGGUCCCACCAAGCCGUUCUGCAUGACUACAGUCGAAGGUGAUGGAUAUUACCCUAACGCCAAGGUUAUCGGAAUCAAUAUUAGAGGAAACUAUAGAAAUUCUCAACAGUUCAAGAUCGCAAAUGUGAGAACAGUGGAUAACAUGAAACUUGAUCCAGUCAGUCAAGAUGCAGAGGAUUUGAAGAGAAGAUACCCUUAUCUCAAGAAUAUACCAAUUGCUUCAUUUAGAAAUGUCAAGCCGAGAAUGAUUUUGGGAAGCUCACAUUACCAUUUAAUCAGUCCCCUGAAAGUUGUAGAAGGGAAGCCAGUUAAGCAGUCAUUUACAACUGAAGAAUUUGGAGUGAAACCUCACGUCGAAAAAUUGAGGUCCAAAGAAGAUCAAAGAGCUCUGAAUAUCAUGGAAAGUACUAUGAAGAGGUCAAAUGAUGGAGUACGAUACCAGAUCGGACUACUUUGGAAAGCAGACGACAUCGUUCUUCCACCAAGCUACACCAACGCUCUGCACAGGCUGAAGUGUCAGGAGCGAAAGAUGGACAAGGAUUUUAAAUUUGCUGAGGCGUAUUGUAAGAAAAUCGAGGAGUAUUCUGAAAAAGGAUUUAUUAGAAAAUUGGACAAGACGGAUCUGCAGAAUUCUCACCCUAGGACUUGGUAUUUACCACAUUUUGGAGUGGUCAACCCAAAUAAGCCAGGGAAACUUCGCCUCGUCUUCGACGCCGCUUCCAAGUCACAUGGCGUCAGCCUUAAUGACAACUUAUGUCAAGGACCGGAUUUGAAUAAUUCAAUAGUAUCAGUUCUAUUGCGAUUCCGACAAUAUCAAUUUGCAUAUGCUGGAGACUUGAAGGAUAUGUUCCAUCGCGUAUUCAUCAGUGAGGAGGACCGCCACUCCCAACGUUUCCUUUGGCGUGGGAUGAAUCGCGAUUGUGAACCUAGCGUCUACCAGUUGGAAGUGAUGAUGUUUGGCGCAAGCUCAUCGCCCGCUUGUGCUCAGUUUGUGAAAAACAAGAAUGCAAAUCUGUUUGAAAAAGAAGAACCGGUAGCAGCAAGAGUUACCAAGAAGAACUUUUAUGUGGAUGAUUGUUUACAUAGUGCUCCCACCGAAGAAGAAGCAGUAUCAAUCAUAAAUGGACUCAUUAAAAUUCAAGCCAGCGCAGGAUUCGAGAUCUGCAACUGGAUGAGCAAUUCACCAACAAUUUUGAAAGGGUUGCCACAAGAACUACUGGGUAAAGAAAUAAAUGGACUCGAUUUGGAGAAGAACUCUUUGCCCGACGGAAGAGUUUUGGGAAUGUGGUGGAAUCCACAUGAAGACUAUUUCUCGUUCCGGUUAAAUUUCCACAAAGUGAAGAAGGAAGUCAUCACCGGAGAAAUGAGACCAACUAAACGACAGAUUUUGAGACUGGUCAUGUCAAUAUAUGACCCGCUGGGAUUCCUUGGCCACCUGAUUGUGAAGGCGAAAAUCCUCCUUCAGGAUGUCUGGCGCACAGAUCUCGGAUGGGAUGAUGAAAUAACUGAAUCUCUGUACAGCAGGUGGACACGAUGGAUUGCUGAACUUCAAGGCAUUACUGAGGUAAAAAUACCAAGAUGCUACUCCAAUUUCAUCCCGCAAUCAAGCUCGGUACAGUUGCAUAUUUUCUGCGAUGCCAGCGAGAAAGCUUUCACUGCAGUAGGAUUCAUACGAGUGAAAGUAAAUGAAGUCGUAAAUGUCAACAUUGUAGCAGCCAAGACUAGAGUAUCGCCCCUGAAGGUUUUAUCUAUUCCCCGAUUGGAACUACAAGCCGCAGUGAUGGGCGCAAGAUUAUCUAGCAUGAUUAAACAAGAACUGGAAUUUGAAUUUCAAAGUGUGACCUUCUGGACUGACUCUACUACUGUGUUGAAGUGGAUCAGAUCUGAUGCGAAGAAUUUCAAGAAUUUUGUAGCUCAUCGUCUAGGCGAAAUAUUAGAGAUGAGCGAAUCAAGUCAAUGGCGCUGGGUCCCGACGAAGGAAAAUGUCGCCGAUGAUGGAACAAGGGACAAUUUGGAUUCGGAUCUCAGCUCAACAAGUCGAUGGUUCCACGGCCCUGCCUGGCUGAAAGAUGAACCUCGACAUUGGCCCCAAGAAGCAUCUCACCUCGCUGACGAACAAGAAGAUGACGAGGGGGAGACGAAGAAAUAUGUGAACAUCAUUCAGACGAAUCCAUCUGUAAUUGAAAUUGAGAGAUUCAGCAAAUUACUUCCGCUGCUGAGGACAGCUGCCUUGGUAUACCGCUGGGUAAGCAAGUCUCAAAAUAUGAAGAAGCAGAUUUCAGUGUCCGAGUUGCAGCGUGCGGAAUUGUACUGGUGCGGGCAAGUACAAAAGGAAUCCUUCCCUGAAGAAGUCCAGUUGCUCACUGGGGGGAAGCCAAUAUCAAAGAAGAGUCGUCUCUACAAACUCGAUCCAAAAUUGUGUGAAGACAAUUUGUUGCGACUACGAGGGAGAACUGGGGACGCAAACAUUCCACUCACUGUCACGGAGCCGAUAAUUUUGGAUAAUCGACACCCAUUCACAAAAUUGCUCAUUUCACAUUACCAUGAGCAGAAUGGACAUCAAGGAGUGCAAACGGUGGCGAACGAGCUCCGUCAAAAAUUUUGGAUUCUGAACAGAGUAUCAGCAGUGAAGAAAGCCUUUCUUGAGUGCCAGCUUUGCAAGAACAGGAAGGCUGAACCACACCCACCGCGGAUGGCUGAUCUCCCUGCUGUGAGACUAGAAAAUUUCUACCUACCGUUUUCGAAUUGUGGUUUGGACUACUUCGGUCCCAUGGAGGUGGUCAUCGGAAGACGCCAUGAAAAGAGAUGGGGCGCAUUAUUCACUUGUCUAUCCACGCGUGCAGUUCACGUGGAGGUAGCAAAUUCAUUAACUACCGAUUCAGCAAUCAAUGCAAUUCGCCGCUUUGGGAAUCGACGAGGGCAUCCGUCAAAUAUUUACUGCGACAAUGGCACUAAUUUCAGAGGAGCAGAAGCGGAACUACGAAAAGCAAUUGCGGAAGUCCGCCAUGAUAAGGUGGCUACAGAACUUGUCAAGAAAGGAAUUCAGUUCCACUUUAUCCCAGCAGCAUCCCCUCAUUUUGGUGGAGUCUGGGAACGGAUGGUUGGAAGCGUGAAGAAAGUUUUGACCAACAUAUUGAAAUCGACACGGACUCCCACGGAAGAGAUCCUGCAUACAUUUUUGACUGAGGCCGAGAACAUCGUCAAUUCUCGACCGCUCACCGAAGUUUCUGUGGACCCUGAUGACCCCAACAGCAUCACGCCGAAUCACUUUCUCCUCGGAUGGAGUAAUGGAAGUGCAGGGCCAGUCGUAUUAAACCAAGAAAUCAUCGGAUCAUUCCAUCAAGGAGAUUUGCUCAAGAAAGGCUGGCGAGCAGCUCAGAAACUCGCCGACAUGUUUUGGCAGCGUUGGAUUAAAGAAUAUUUGCCAACUUUGACCAGGAGGACAAAAUGGUUGGAAAGAAAGAAGCCAAUCCAAGUUGACGACAUCGUCAUCGUGGUUGAUGACCAAGCCCCGAGGAAUCAGUGGGAGAAAGGGAGGAUAAUCAACGUAUUCCCAGGAAAAGACGGACAAGUCAGAGCCGUUGAUGUCAAGACUUCGAAGGGAAUGUACCGUCGCCCUGCUGUCAAGAUCGCCGUCCUCGACGUCAAGAGGGAUGAAGCUACGGUUCUUCAACUUCCGCUCAUCGGGGGGAAGAAUGUCGAGGAAUGA